CCACACUGUUGCCAAGAAAAAAAAGUAAACAAUUUUUUUUUUUAAGGCCGAAUUAUGAUACACAGUUUGUUUAUAGUGAACAGCGGCGGCGAGGUGUUUCUGGAGAAGCACUGGCGCUCGGUGGUCUCCCGCUCCGUCUGCGAGUAUUUCCUGGACGCCCAACGAGCAGCGCCAUAUGAUGUGCCCCCGGUGAUAGCCACGCCGCACUACUACCUCAUCACUGUCCAGCGGGAUGCAGUGUCUCUGGUGGCCGCCUGCAAGCAGGAGGUGCCCCCACUGUUUGUCAUCGAGUUCCUGCAUCGCGUGGUGGACACUUUUCAGGACUAUUUCGGCGACUGCAGCGAAACGGUGAUCAAGGACAACUAUGUGGUGGUCUACGAACUGCUGGACGAGAUGCUGGACAAUGGCUUUCCCCUGGCCACCGAGAGCAACAUCCUCAAGGAGCUAAUCAAGCUGCCGAAUAUACUGAGAACCAUUGCCAACACGGUGACGGGCAAGAGCAAUGUCAGCACCACUCUGCCCUCGGGUCAGUUGUCGGCGAUACCCUGGCGCAGGAGCGGCGUUAGGUACACCAACAAUGAGGCCUACUUUGAUGUGAUUGAGGAGGUGGAUGCCAUCAUAGACAAGUCGGGUUCCACGGUCUUUGCAGAGAUACAGGGACAUAUUGACUGCUGCAUCAAGCUAUCGGGCAUGCCGGAUCUCACCUUGUCCUUUAUGAAUCCCCGCCUGUUUGACGAUGUCUCCUUCCAUCCCUGCGUUAGGUUCAAGCGCUGGGAGGCGGAGCGUUUGCUCUCCUUCAUACCCCCCGAUGGCAACUUUCGCCUGAUGUCGUACCACAUCAGCUCCCAGUCGGUGGUGGCCAUACCCAUCUACAUUAGGCACAAUUUCUCUAUAAAAACUGGAGAACAGGGACGUCUGGAUUUGACAAUUGGCCCAAGAAACACUUUGGGUCGCACCGUGGACAAGGUGAAGCUGGAGCUGACCAUGCCGCGUUGCGUGCUCAACUGCCUGCUGACACCCAAUCAGGGCAAGUACACCUUUGACUCGGUGACCAAGACCCUGGCCUGGGAUGUGGGUCGCAUUGAUGUGUCCAAGCUGCCAAAUAUCAGGGGAUCGGUUUCCAUUACCCCGGGCACCACCAACAUCGAUGCAAAUCCCUCUGUUAAUGUCCAGUUCCAAAUCUCACAGCUGGCCGUCUCCGGGCUGAAGGUCAACCGCCUGGACAUGUACGGGGAGAAGUACAAGCCCUUCAAGGGCGUCAAAUACCUCACCAAGGCGGGCAAGUUUCAGGUGCGGAUGUAGGGGAGCUAGAGAGCGAGUUUCCGCCACCAUUCCAGCUUUAAUUAAGUGCUAAUGCCAAGUGUAUCCACUGUUUUAUGUCAUCCAAUGCCCCAAUGUCUCAUUUAUCUGCGUAUCUCCCAAUGCUAACCAUUAAAUAUUAAACUCCA